AUGGGAGCUAAUUGCUGUAUAGCUGCAAAGCAGAGGCCUCAGCCAUGUAUCAUUCCAGUUGAAGUGUCAGCUUACAGGAAUGUAAGACACUCCCCAUCAUGGAGCUUCCGAUGGGAUAACAGAACACAUAUAGAAGACAUAAUGGAAAUCCCCACAUUUUUGUCCAACCAUAGUAGUGGAAGCAUUAGGCCUGAAACGAAGAGUGGUUCCAUUGCGCCAACUGAAGGCUUUUCUAAUGGAGGUAGCCCAUCUGAACUGUUCCACAAGGUCAAGUGGCAGAAAACAGAAAAGAAGAUGGAAACAUCUAAAGUUGCACAAUCUGAUCCUAGAGAUAGACCCACUGCAAGUAACUCCUCCCCCGAGGCAAAGCUUUGCAGGAAAUCACUGGACAUGGUAAGUGUUGCUUCAGAUACGAAGGCAUCAACCUCUGUCCCUUCAACACCACCUGUAGUAUCCAGAGCAGAUCCUUCAUCCUCUAGGGGGCAUUCUCUAGGGAUGGAUACAGACUCAAUGAGGAAAGCACGUCGCUCACCAGGAUAUCAACUAUAUAGACAGGUCUCAGACAGCAAGAUUCCAUCUCUCAGGUCUCUCAAUGAGAGCAACUCCCCUGAAGGAAGGCCUUCCUCUUCCAUGCUCUCAGUCUGCAGCAAUGAUUUAUCUGUAGCAGGAUCACAUGGAGAGUCAUCUGAUGGUUGGUCAAUGCGAACAUUUUCUGAAAUGGUUGCAUCAUCCCAAAGAGAGAGAUGGUCAAUUGAUAGUGAGCUCUUAGGUUCCGUUUCAAGUAAAAUGACUCGAUCAAAUGCUUCAAAUCAUACUACCGUCUCCCCUGACCAAGAGGUGUGCAAACUAUGUUUAAAGCUACUAAAGGAAAGCUUAACUGCAGAAGCUGAGAAAUAUGAUCCUCCUUGUCCCGUAUGCACCCACGGUGAACAAUGUACUGUGAAGCUAUUCGGUAAGCUGGAAUCAAAGAUAAAGAAUAAGAUGCCUACAAAUGUGAUACUCGACGGUGAUCUAGAUGGGAGCUCUAAGCAUCAAAAGAAAAGUAAGAGAGUUCCCAGAUUAGGCACAAGUAUUAGCAUGAAGGACUCGUUCAGUCGGCCAUUUUUGAGGAGGCAUUUCUCAAUUGGCUCCCGGUCACCCCGGUUAGUUUCAGAGAGCGAGUCAACAAGGAAGAAGGGCUUCUGGGCGAGGCACUGGAGAGAAUAG